AUGCGUCUUUUCGUUUUUCUUUGCUUGGUUUUCACCAUGUCAGAAGCAGCAAUGUUUGGGCUGAAAUUUGCUGAUCCACGGUUCCAUCGCGUGGUUAAACAACGAUAUAAUCGAAAAAGCUGCCAUCAAAGAUUCACUCAGAUGCUACGCAACCUCUCGGCAGGAAUCGGAGACGGGAUGCUGUCCGACAAUUUCAACGACUUGGGCUUGUCUCAAAAGGACUAG